UUUUCUGUUCACUAAUUCUUCUUCUUCUCUCUCAGCUCUUCUCAACUUCGGAAUCCUUUCGUCGAUUUUUUUUUUUUUUUCUCAGAGAAGCAAUCAUGGGUAAAGGUCCAGGACUCUACACCGAAAUCGGCAAAAAAGCCAGAGAUUUGCUGUACAAGGACUACCAAGGAGACCAAAAAUUCAGUGUCACCACUUACUCUUCUACCGGUGUUGCCAUCACUACAACUGGAACUAACAAGGGAAGCGUGUUUUUGGGUGAUGUUGCUACCCAAGUGAAGAACAAGAACUUCACUGCUGACAUCAAAGUUUCCACUGAUUCUUCUCUUGUGACCACUUUUACUGUUGAUGAGCCUACCCCUGGAGUUAAGGCAAUUCUUAGCGCCAGGUUACCUGAUCAGAAAUCUGGCAAGCUCGAGCUGCAGUAUUUGCACGAUUACGCUGGUAUCUCCACCAGCGUUGGAUUGACUGGUAGCCCGACUGUCAAUUUCUCUGGUGUGGUUGGAACCAAUGUUUUGGCUCUUGGUACUGAUGUUUCAUUCGAAACUGAUUCCGGCAACUUCAAACAUUUCAAUGCUGGUUUGUCCUUCACCAAGGAAGAUUUGAUUGCUUCCCUCAUUCUGAGUGACAAAGGUGAGAAACUGAACGCAUCGUACUACCAGAUUGUGAACCCCUUGACCAACACUGUGGUUGGAGCUGAGGUUAGCCACAACUUCACGACCAAAGAGAAUGCCAUCACUGUCGGAAGUCAAUACGCAAUUGACCCAUUGACCACUGUGAAGGCACGAGUGAACAAUGCUGGUAUUGCUAACGCACUGAUCCAACACGAGUGGCGUCCAAAGUCGUUCUUCACCGUUUCUGGGGAGGUUGACUCUAAGGCGAUCGAGAAGAGUGCUAAGGUUGGGAUUGCUCUCGCUCUUAAGCCUUGAGAGAAGAGAAGAAACCAAACAAAAUGAUCCCUCAAGGGGUAGAAUAGUUAUCUCGUUUUCGUCUUUGAAUCUUUUGGACAAACCUCUCUGGUUUACAAUCUUUCAUUUGUUUCUUUUUCGUUUCGGUGUUUUGGAUUUGUAGAAAAUAAGAAAAAACAAAAAAAAACUAUUGAAAGGAUCUUCUCAUGAAGAUGAAGAACCAUUAAGAAUCCUUUUACUUGGUUCCUCUCUUUUUAUUUUUUUGCUGUCUGCUAAAAAAAUACUACUCUUGUUCCAAUUCCGAGUUCUUUAGUGGAUAUUUUUCUGAGA